AUGUUAAGGAAGUCUUUUCAGUCCUUUGGGGAAAUGGUGGACAUUUACAUCCCGGGGAGGAAGGACAAGGGAGGUACGUUUUUCGCAUUCAUUAGAUACGUUGGACUCAAAGACAUUGACUCCCUGGUACCUGCACUAAAUCAAGUCAGACGUGGGCAUAGUAUAGUAAAGGUCAAUAUCGCAAGGUAUGAGAAGAAGUCGCCCCCAAAACAAAUACACCCUCCAAACUCUUACCACCCUAGACAGAUGUCGGUUCCAAUCAUUAAACGUAGCAACAUUAGUACUGGGAAAACUUUUGCCGAUGCUGUUACUGGGAGUCUUGGGAAGUCCGAAUCUGUGAAAACCCAGGAGAUACAAUUGAAGCGAGCUCCUAUGAUUGACUCAUGUGACAGUACCUGUCUUAUUGGAGAAGUCAAGGAAUUGAGGCUCCUCAACAAUAUACAUGCCCUCCUAAAUGUCGAAGAGAGUAUCCCAGCAAGAGUACACUACGCAAGGGGACUUAAGAUCAUACAAAAAAAUUUCCAACAGGGAAAAGCGAAGUCUUUCAUGGUUGAUCCUCAAAAAUGGAGCAGUUGGAUUAAAUGGCUCAAAAUUGGAUUUGUUGAUGAUCAAACCAACGAUAGGCUGGCCAGAAUCAAAAUCUUGGGGAUACCACUUUAUCUGAGAUCUGAUGAGAAUAUCUUUGAAAUUGUCUUCAAGUUUGGGAAGGUUCUUGAAGUUGAAGGUCAUAAUUGGCAUUCGGUGGAUCUUUCCUCAUGUUUCGUAACCAUCCUUACAAAUUCGUGGAAAUUUGUAAACGAAGAAGUGGUCACAAUCUUCAGCGGAAAGCAGUUCCAUGUUAGCAUCAGAGAGUGUGAAAACAAAUAG